UAAAAAUUCAGAUGUUUGCGUUGAACACGCUCAGAAGGCCGGUUAGUUGUCAAAAAUUAAAAUAAUUUUCAAUCCAAAAUUAAUUUCGUAAUAAAUUGAAAAUUGGUAAAUAAAGGCAUAUUACGAAAUGACUUCUAUUUUCCGUCAAAUUUUGAAGCAAACCCUAGCUACUGGUGUUGGCAAACAAGUUAAAUUUCCUCAUAGAUGGAAUAGCUCCGGCCAAGAUUUGAAAUUUGAUAAAGAAACCUUUGACAAAUUGGUCAGGACAAACAAAGUCGUAGUUUUUAUGAAAGGUAAUCCUGAGCAACCACGAUGUGGAUUCAGUAAUGCUGUUGUACAAAUAAUGCGCAUGCAUGGUGUUACCUACGACGCACAUGAUGUUUUACAAAGUGACGAACUAAGGCAGGGUGUGAAAGACUUCACUAACUGGCCAACUAUACCUCAAAUUUUCAUAAACGGAGAGUUCAUCGGCGGCUGCGAUAUUGUUCUUCAAAUGCAUCAAAGUGGUGAUCUUAUUGAGGAACUAAAGAAAGUUGGAAUUAAAAGUUUGCUGCUAGAGGAAGCCGAGAAAAAAACUGACAAAUAAACUUUUAAACUUAUUUAAAUUGUAGACUUUAUUUUAAUUAACAAUAAAUGUUUGAACUAGUUUAGUUGAAAUCAA